AUGGAUGUCGCUAGAGCCGGUGGCCUCGAACGCAGUCAGCCAGCAAAGGCCUCAAACGCGACGGGAAAUGGCCUUGUUGGAGUCAACGAGGCUGAUUAUGGCAAUCCCCGACCUAUACCCAACUAUGAGGAAGAGUCCAACCAAGAAUUGCGUGUGUCUCAAGGCGUCGCAUUUCCUUUAUCAGGCUUGCCGACAGAGCUCAACUUCUCUCGCAUAUACGACAACCAGGCGCCUUCUUUGCGAUCCGUCUUACUUACCAAUCAAUCUUCUCAUCCUCUAGUGCUGGACCUGUCGCACUCCCCGCCGGGUGUGCGAUGGGCACAGAUCCGCGCGUCAGCAGGCGUGCAGACGGUGUCUUGGCCGCCUGAUGUCGCUACGAAUACCGUUGCUUGGGCCUAUGAGGACGGUCUGCUCCCUGCCAAUCUGCGUGCCGUACGGCAUUUGGCUGCCAAUCUUGAGACGUGUACGAUAGUGACAAUGGAGCCCCAUGCAUCGGAACAAUUCUACGUUGAAGUGCAAGUGCGUGAAGUCACCAAGGCCAGCGCCAGCUCCUGCACAGGCACCGAGGGCAAGCCUUCUUCGCCGCCCUCCGAAGAAUGCAUUACAACAGCGUAUGACCUGCCGAUGACCAUAUUCGUGCACCAUACGGAAGCGACAGGACAUGGGCAACAGCGCAUUCAGAUCCCUGUCAAGAUCAGUGCGUGCGAACCCGAGCUGCUCGUUGAGUGUGCGGAUGCCGACGAAUCAAGUGCGGGCCGCGAUCGUGUGCUGUUACUGGACGUCGGCGAUGUUGUCGUACACCAGCAUGUUGUCCGCGAUGUGCGCGUUACGAACAGGUCCGACAUAGAGUGCUUUCUCCAAGUUCGCGUGCACGACGGUCGCGAAGUGAAUCCACUUAUUGCAGUUGAUCAAACGACUCAUGCACGCGUCGACGCCCGGCCAGCGGCGCUCGCGCCGCACGAACAGCGUAUCUUCACCUUGGUGCUUGAGCCAUGGGAGUCGCAUGCUAACUUUGAACAAACCAUCACCUUUGAAAAUGCUCACAUGCCCAACAGUGACGUGCGGAUCUUGGUGCGCGCAAACCUGCUAGGUGCUGCCUCUGAUGGCGCUUUAUCGUGCUGA